AACGGCCGAAACGUUACGUUCAUCGCGAUAACACUGCCAAAUCUUCAAACCGUCUGAGGAAGGGAGAUUCGCAGGUGAUGGUCGACGACAAGUCGGCGAGCUUGAUGGCGAGCAGAGACAGAGAUCGCGAGCUUCUCAUCCCCGUUGCCGAGCGACCAGUGGAAUCCGAAGACGAUCACGAUGGCAAGGCUUCCUCGUCCGCCGCUGCCGCCUCUUCCUCCUCGGCCUCCGCCGACGUCCCUAGCUCAAGUAGAAAGGCAUUUUAUAAAGUAAUCCGAAGUUGGGCCUCAAAGAAGUUCAUUACUGGAUGUGUCAUCCUGUUUCCUAUUGCAAUCACCUUCUACAUCACCUGGUGGUUUAUUCAUUUUGUUGAUGGUUUUUUUUCACCAAUCUAUGCUCAACUCGGGAUUAACAUAUUCGGGCUUGGUUUUGUGACUUCAAUAACAUUCAUCUUCCUUGUUGGACUAUUCAUGUCAUCAUGGUUGGGGGCAUCUGUCCUCAGCUUGGGAGAGUGGUUUAUCAAGCGCAUGCCAUUCAUUCGACAUAUUUAUAAUGCCUCAAAGCAAAUUAGUUCUGCUGUAUCACCUGACCAGAAUAAGCAAGCCUUUAAGGAAGUGGUCAUUAUUAGGCAUCCUCGAGUUGGUGAACAUGCCUUUGGAUUUAUCACUUCAACGGUUCUUCUUCAGACUUACAAUGGCGAAGAGGAACUCUAUUGUGUCUAUGUUCCGACAAACCAUUUGUACAUCGGCGAUGUUUUUCUAGUCAAUUCGAAAGAUGUCAUACGACUGAAUCUCUCAGUGAGCGAAGGAAUUGAGAUUGUGGUAUCCGGUGGCAUGUCGAUGCCGCAAAUACUCACGACACUUGAUGAAAGCUCGAUACCCUGAUGGAAGUAGAGCUAGCAGCUGCCACACUGAAGUAAACCUUUUCUUAGUCUCACAGUGCCUGGCUUAGAUUGGUAGAUCUAUCUCAAGACAGAUGUGCACUAUUUGUUUCUCACAGAACAAUGUUGUAUAUUAUAAUUUGUUUAAACUUAUUUUUUUAUUAGUAAGGAAAAAUCUCCAAUCAAAUUAUAAUCAAUCUCAAUUAAAAUCUUAAA